AUGGCUGACAAAUCAACAGAAGUUGAAAAGGCCAUUGAUCCAAUCAUUGACUUGGGCAACUUGCUGUUCAUCGAUCGCGAACCUCUUCAAGGAGAUGCCGAAGAAGGGCUAGAAGAGCGCGCUAGAAAAAACACACAGCUUCUUUUCAACAACAUUUGGCAACUAGAGCAGAAACGAGUAGAGGAAGCGAUUAUUGUGACUCUACCAGCAGCUACAUACCGUCUUCCACGUGAGAAGAAGCUUCCAGAAAAGAAGGAACCAACGAAGUGGGAGAAGUACGCUAAGGAGAAGGGUAUUGAAAAGAGAAAGAAGGAUAAGAAGGUGUUCGAUGAAGCAACGAAGGAAUGGAAGCCAACUUACGGAUACCGGCGAGGAAAUGAUAAUACCAAGGAUUGGUUGAUCGAGAUUCCAGAUAAUGCAGAGGAUCCAAACAAGGACUUCUUCGCUGAGAGACGCGAGAAGAAGAAGGAAAGAGUCGCCAAGAACGAAAUGCAGAGAAUGAAGAAUCUUGCUCGCCAAAUGAAGACGACAGUGAAAACAGGACCAUCUACCGACAAAAUGAUCGGAGUAGGAAUUGAUGCGAAAGACAAAUCGAAGCAAGACGUCCGUUUUGCUGUUGAUCGUGCAAAGCUUGCCACCGCUUCAGCUGGAAAGUUCCAAGAAGGAUUGAAAGGCGAAAAAGCCAAUAUUAAAACUGGAAAGAAGAGAAAGUUCGAAUCCAAUGAAGCUCCAGUUUCGGCUGAGAAGGAGCGUGCUCUUCAGAUUCUUCAAAGAAUGAAGUCCAAGAAGGCCAAGAUCGUUGAAGAGAAGGCUUCAGCCGUUGCUGGACCACUGAGAGAGAAGAAAGAGAAGCAAGAGAAGAAGGGUGCCAAAGAAGCGACAAGGCAGAAGAGUCAAAUUCAUCGUCAGCAAUGGUUCAAAAAUAAGGUCGACAGCAAGAAAAAGGGAACCGGUGGAGCUAAAAAGAAGGGAGCUAACAAGAGAAAGUAA